GUGGGCACCAAGUCAUCAGGCACGACAGUGGGCUCUGAGUCAAUUGGCACGACAGCGGGCACCGGGUCAUCAGGUACCGGAUUGUCUGGCUCGACAGCGGGCAUCGGGUCACCAGGUAUGACAGCGGGCACUGGGUCACCAGGCAUCAGGUCAUUUGGCUUGCCAGCGGGCACCGCGUCAUCUGGCAAGGCAGUGGGCACCGAGUCACCAGGCACGACAGCGGGCUCUGAGUCAAUUGGCACAACAGCGGGCACCGGAUCAGGUACUGGAUCGUCUGGCUCGACAGCAGGCACCGGGUCAUCUGGCGCUGGAUCGUCUGGCUCGACAGCGGGCAUUGGGUCACCAGGCAUGACAGUGGGCACUGGGUCAUCAGGUACCGGAUCGUCUGGAUCAACAGCGGGCAUCGAGUCAACUGGCCUAAUAGGAUCAUCAGGCUGGAUCAGUUCAUCAGGCUGGAUCAGCUGGGUACAGGCAUCAGGCUGGGUGAAGGCAUCAGGCUGAGU